AAGGUAUCACGUAUAUUCCGCCUAGCCAUUUCUCGAUCUCGCCUUUUCUAGGGUUGAAUCCUCCAUCAUCCACCGCCUUCUCGUUCUUUCGUCGGCUCCUCCCUAAAUCCUUAUCCUCCCCUUUCGCUCCCUUCCGUCGAGGUCUCACAUGGAUUUUUGCUUCGCCAGCCCAAUUGAUUGCUUGAUUGGCAGCUGCCCGUUGGCGAUUCCUUUUUUGCAAGCUCCUUUAGCCUUUGAUUCCCUUUGUAGUUUUGGGUUUCCUCCUGCUUAGGUUCAGAUCCGGCGCCGGGAGCUCUGAUUCUGACGUUUCGGAAGCUUUCGUCAUGGGUAAAGUCAGCUGGCGAAAGGCUGGUGCGGACCAAUUCGACGGUAGCGAUGCCGAUAGCUUGAGUUCGGAUUCGACGACUUUCUCGGAGCCAACUAUGGCUAACGAAACAGAACAUGUGAACUCCAUAGAUUUCCAACUCGAAAAAUAUAUCGAUGCUCUCUACGAGAAGAGGGGAUCUGUGAGAGAGACAGCUUUGCUGGGGCUUGCUGAGGCAUUUGAAGGGCAGGUCCUCCUUCCAUUUAUUGAGAAUAAAUGUAUUACAUUGCUACAUCAGUAUCUAGCUUCAAUAAAAAAGGGUUCUUCCAAGGAGGCUUGUUUAGCUUCUCGAACCAUAGGAUUGCUGGCCAUCACUGUUGGGGCUGGAAAUAAGGCUCAUGAAAUUAUGGAAGAAUCAAUAUACCCACUUUCUCAGGCCCUUGUAUCAGGGUCAGAUAAGACAAAGAAAAAAGCAGUGAUAGAUUGCCUAGCCCUUGUAACAUUUAUAGGUGCAAAUGAUCUGAUUGAAACUGAGGGGUCCCUGAAGAUCAUAUGGCAAGUAAUUUAUCCCAAGUCAGGGCCUAAUGUAGGUUCAGUUAAAAAGCCAGACUCAGCUGUAUUAUCAUCUGCCAUUUCUGCAUGGUCAUUUCUUUUGACAACUAUCAGUAGUUGGAGAAUCAAUCCUGAUAGCUGGAAAGAGUCAAUUUCAUUCCUUUAUAAUCUUCUAGAAGACCCAGAUCGUUCUGUCCGAAUUGCUGCUGGAGAAGCAUUAGGCCUUUUCUUUGAGCUGGGGAUACUUGAUAUGAAUUUCCAAAGAGAAGACACAAACAUUGAUAAGCUUGAACGUGAGAUUUCAAAACAUGGAGCAUUUCAUCAUUUGCAAGGUUUGAAGGCUAAGAUAUUAGCAAGAGCCUGUGACCUCUCAACUGAAGCUGGUGGGAAGGGCACUGACAAGAAAAAUCUCAAUGAUCAACGAGAAUUAUUCCAGAAGUUUUUGGAUUUUGUGGAGACUGGUGAUUGUCCUGAAACAUUGCUGAAGAUUUCAAGAAAACAGCGAUUUUUGACAACUUCCACGUGGGCUCAGAUGUUACAAUUGAACUUCUUGAAAGGUUUCCUUGGGAAAGGCUUUCUGAAGCAUGCACAGGAUAACGAACUACUUCAUGAUAUUUUUGACUUUGCACAAGAUAGGAUGGGGAUGCUAUCGACAAGGAAAAAGAUCUCCAAAUCAGAUGACAAAGGUUGGACUCAAAAGAUGAACAAGGAUCGGAAGCUAGCUCAGGUAAGGAAACAAGGCCAUCUAAUUCCUGAAGACGACUGAAACUAAAAAAAUCUUCUACAUAAUAUAAUGAUGCUGCUGGUUUGUGCUGAAACAAACAUGGUCAUAAUGAGGCUAAUAAACAAUUUUCUUUUCUCAAGCUUAUAGUUUGCCUUUAUUAUAUGCUACAUCAAUCCAAUAAUGGGUCUGAUGAGUAGUAGAUACUAUAACAACAAGCCACAGGAUCCAAUCUGAUUGGGAAGGCUUAUUGUUUGCAAUUUAUGUAAUUUGUACUGCGACAUUUUGCAGCAUGGUCUCUGCUUCCUCGAUAGUUUGGUCCUUUGGCCUUUUGUUAUCAAAAGCAGGGUGCUCAAUUCUUGUAGUUUGGUUUUUUGCAGAAUUAUAAUCACCUAUAUAUAUUUUUUCAAUUAAUUUUCUUUA